GUAAUCUAAAAAAAUGUACUUGGUUAGAUGGAUGAUUGUAUAGAUGUUUCCAACAGCAACUGAACGCAGCACCACUUGCUGCCAGCCGUGCAUUCAGUCAUGUCUGUUGUACCUGCUGGCUAACGUCACUUAACUUAGCGAGCAGCAUUACCUACCAGUCACUUCUGUUCAGAAUAACAAAAUUAACGAGAGAGAAAAAUGAUUUUAUUUUGUCUUCCGCUCGAUGUGCAGUUGCGUUUUAAGGGAAAAAUAGAGACCAUCUAUUUGGUUUUAGUAUUUUAGCUGUUAUAGCGUUUUGCUUACUACAUUUUGCGGGUAACUGGAAGUGGAAAAGACAAAGAGAAAGAGCUUUCCAAUAGCUAGAAUGGUUUGGGCCUAAAAAGAAGACAAGAGCAACAUGAACCGUGAGGACCGGAAUGUGCUCCGAAUGAAAGAAAGAGAAAGGAGAAAUCAAGAAAUCCAGCAGGGAGGAGGAGAGGCCUUUCCAGCAAAUUCCCCCCUCUUCCCUGAACCCUACAAGGUGUCCAGCAAGGAGGAUAAAUUGUCGAGCCGUAUUCAGAGCAUGCUGGGCAAUUACGACGAGAUGAAAGAGCCGAUUGGUGACACACUUCCAAAGCUUGGUGGUAAACCUUCUAACAGCUCGUCUUCAUCUGAGGAGAAAUCUGGCCCAGCUUUGUUUGGCGGUGACCAGCGUAGUGUUAGUGGUGGUGGCAGCAGUCAGAGCAGUAAGUGGACUCCUGUUGGCCCCGCAGCAGGUGGCUCUUCAUCCCAAUCCCAGAAACGCUCAGGACUCCAAGGUGGGCACGGGAGCCAGAGGGGCAACGGAGGCAGCGGCGGCAGCAGUAGCCAAAGACACGGAGGAGAGGUGCGGGAAAAGAAGUCAAGUAAACACAGUGGAGGGUCCGAGCACUCGAAGUCACACACAUCGAGUCCAGCCAAGGGGUCUCUGACUUCCUCCAGCAGCAACAGCCACUCAAGGAGCUCAUUAGCUGCUGAGCAGCAUCACAGCAAGGAACGCUACCGCUCCAAGUCUCCACGAGACCGAGAGGCCAACUGGGACUCACCGUCCCGGGUUCACACCUCCUUCACCAGUGGUCAGCAUUCAAGUCAGACUUUUCCCCCAUCUCUCAUGUCCAAGCCCAUCUCCAUGCUACAGAAGCCCACAGCCUAUGUGCGGCCUAUGGACGGUCAGGAAACGGCAGAAGCCAAGAGCUCACAAGCAGAAAGCUACAGUGGACAGUCACACAGCAGCACCAUGGGAGAGAUGAAGUCCAAUGGCAAGGCCUCGCUUUCCAAACUCAAGAUCCCCUCACAACCUGUAGAGGGAUCCGGUGACGCCAACUGUGUGGAUGAAAUUCUGAAGGAAAUGACUCAGUCGUGGCCCCCUCCACUGACAGCCAUACACACCCCCUGCAAAACGGAGCCCUCCAAGUUUCCAUUCCCUACCAAGGAGUCUCACCCUUUUCCAAGUGGACACAAGCGAGGCAGUUCUUCCAAGAGCUCUAGCAGCCACCAAUCCAAAGCUUGCGAUGACCAGCCCACGAUGCUGGAAGAUGACCUGAAGCUAAGCAGCAGUGAGGAUAGUGAUGUAGAACAAGACUCUGCCAAGAAUGCCUCAAGGAACACAUCAGCAAGCAAUAAUAGUGAAGAAGCAGAGCAAUCAAGGGAUGACUCCAGCAGCCACAGCGGCUCAGAGAGCAGCUCAGGCUCAGACAGCGAGAGUGAAAGCAGCACAACAGACAGUGAAGCCAACGAACACCCACGACCUGCUUCUCCUGAACCUGAACAACCCAUGGCCAACAAGUGGCAGCUGGACAACUGGUUCAAGAAAGCCAAGCAGUUCUCCCCAGCCUCUCCAGUGGACAACAACAAUGUUCCAACCAAGUGCAAGAAAGAGGGCAGGGAUAACAGCUCAGGACGCAGCUAUGGUGGCCAGGGUGGGGGUUCAAAAGACUGUGCAGCACCCACCCCAAGCAGAGACCUAAGAGCGGCUCAAAAGGGUGUAGAGGGCGGCCGUGGUCGCCAAAAAUCACCCGCCCAGAGUGAAGGUAGCACAAAUCCGCGAAUUCGUGUGGGUAAAAAACAGCCUAAAAAGUCUGAGAAGCCCCCAGUGGUGGAGGAACCCAAGGGAGGUUUGCGAGUAGAGAGUGAGCCAGCCCCGGAGAUUCCUCCUCAUCGGCCCAAAGCAGCUACUAAGGGUUCCCGUAAACCAAACAUCAAAAAAGAACCCAAAUCCCCGAGGCCCAUCGCAGCUGCUGUCACCACCACCACUGCAGAUAAGCGCAAGGCCAAGGCACCCACCAAGACUUCACAGAAGUCUCGUGAGUUUGUUGACACAGAUUCGUCAUCGUCAGACUCUGAGGGGAAUGAUAGCAUUCCGUCCUCGUCGCAGACACCCAAGUACACAGAGAGCAUCAGGACCCCUGUGUGUGUGUUUUCUCCAAUGGAGGAGAAAGAGCUGCUGUCUCCACUCAGUGACCCUGAGGAGCGCUACUCUGCAAGGCCACCUCAGCAACAGGUUUUACUAGUAAAGAUAGAUCUCAGUUUGCUGUCUAGGAUCCCAGGGCGGCCCUACAAGGAGCCCUCGGAGAGAAAAGUGGAGAGGGAAGACUCUCUAGACAGGGACAGCAAAGACUUGAGCAAGCCAAGCUCUGAGAAGAGCUCUAGCAAGGCCAAGAGAAAAUACAAGACUGAUGAAGAAGGAACCAAGCCAGAGAGCAAACGAUGCAAGCUAGAAGAGAAGUCUCUGUCUCAUCAUAAAAACAGCAGUAAAGAGUCCAAGAGGUCUUUGGAGAAGAAAGAGGAGCCAGUCCCCUCUCCUUCCAUAACAGGUCUGCAGCGGACUCCCAAAGCAGAGCAUCCAAGUCGAAAGAGGACAGUCAGCCAGUCCUCCACCUCUUUGUCCAGCGGGACGGGAAGUGGGAAGGAGGGGAGCCACAGCACCAAGAGCAACUCCACCUCCAAACACAGAAAAGGAGAAGACAAGGGACGCAGCACACGCGAUGGAAAGGACAAAUCCUCAAAGGGCUGUGAUAACCAGCUGGCUGUGCCUCCGCUCUCCACGGACGGCUCCAAAUCUCAGAGAUCCAAGCUAGUAUUUGAGGACAGAGUCCAUUCAGCAGAUCACUACUUGCAGGAGGCAAAGAAACUUAAACACAAUGCAGAUGCACUGUUGGACCGUUUUGAGAAGGCAGUCUACUAUCUGGAUGCUGUGGUGUCUUUCAUUGAAUGCGGUAAUGCUCUGGAGAAGAGCGCCCAAGAGGCCAAGUCUCCCUUCCCUAUGUAUGCUGAAACAGUGGAGCUUAUCAAAUACACAAUGAAGUUAAAAAGCUACAUGGCACCAGAUGCGACUUCAGCAGACAAGAGGCUAGCUGUACUUUGCCUACGAUGCCAGUCCCUCCUCUACCUGCGGUUAUUCAAGCUGAGGAAAGACAGUGCACUAAAAUACUCCAAAACACUGACAGAACACUUAAAGAAUUCUCUGAGUAACACCCAGGCUCCCUCUCCUGGAAUGGGAAAUAAGGCAGCGGGUAUGCCUUCUCCAGUGUCUCCCAAAUUGUCUCCGGGCACAGCCGGCAGCUACUCAGCAGUCAGCAACAGCAGCAGCAGUGCCAGUUCUUCUGUGACCAUACCUCAACGUAUCCACCAGAUGGCUGCCAGCUACGUCCAGGUCACCUCCAACUUCCUGUAUGCUACCGAGGUCUGGGACCAGGCUGAGCAACUCUCUAAUGAGCAGAAAGACUUCUUCUUGGAGUUGGACAAGGUGAUGGGUCCUCUGAUUUUCAACACCAGCAGCAUGACCGAACUGGUGCAUUAUACACGGCAGGGCCUCCACUGGCUGCGCUUGGAUGCAAAGCUUAUUCCCUAGCGAGCAUUCGCUCCCUGCACACUGCUUCCACACACACCCACACCUCAGCCUCUUGUGUGCGCAAACACAUGCCCUCAAUGACAGACACACAAUUAAUUAUGUACUGUAUGCGCGCACACACACACACAGUCCACCUCUGGUCCUCCAUGUGCACGUUGAACUUUUCAGACAUAUCUCCAACACUGUGUUCAUUUUCUGCACCAGCUUGCCAAAAACACUGAGCAAUUUAUAAACGUCUCACUCCUUUAACAGCACCACACGGGGAGGAGUAUCGAACCUGAAAUGCAGGAACGAAGAGCUUACCGCCACGCUUCAUAUAUCAGCAUUCUUACUAAAUCUUUAAAGGCUGUGUUUUAAUCUCUUUGGCAUGGAAGCGCUGGGUGAAUUGUUUUAAAUACACGAAAAGUGGGGUUUGGUUUCUAGGCUACUUUGGCUAUUAACCUUUUAUUUUGUGUCACCAAAGUACCUCCCUCAAACACCAAAGGUGCUUUAAAAUGAAGGUUUCUCUUUAUAAUUUUUGUGCCUUGUAUGUGAGCUACUAGAUGGAGGUCACUUGUCAUAUCUGAAGUUAUUUUCUUUGCCCUCUUUUUUUUUUGUAUAGAUGCAGUUGUUUUAUGCAUUUUUAAACUGGCUCUAUUUAUGGGUUUUGUAGCAGCCUUUCAAUUUUCAAUCAAGUCCUCUUAAAAUAUUGGACACUUUAGAGUAAAGAUGGUGUUGGCCACCAUUUAUUAAACUACCAUCUUGAUUGAUCUUUCAAUGUUUUAAGCAGAGGGGAGGUUUAAGGACUGCAGGAAGGCCUACGGUGCACAGCAGAUUAAUACUUAUUACACACACACACACACACAUAUAUAAAUGUUCUCUUAGAAGUUACAUUGAUCAGUGUAUUAGUUUUAAACAGUGUCUCUUAUUUUCCCAAGUCAUGAACUUAUUUUACCCAAGCUUGCUGAUGGAUUUGUUUGACAAAUGGCAGUGUGUGUUCAAGCCACAUUGUUCCUAUUGAUGCAAGGAACACCACGGCCUCUAGGGGUUGCUAGUGGGAGCAUUUACACUCAUGGCCUUUCUAAAAUUGCUCAUAAUCUCUAUUAAGAGAUUAGCUGCUUCUUUGAAGCUUAACAAUAAAGGUCUCUUCCUCUGAAAUGUUUUUACACAUGUAGUUAGUGUGUUAAUGGAAAAAUUUCCUUGAGGAAGAGUCACUUCCAGACAGUGUUGGUCUUUUUUUGAUUCCCUUGUUUGCUCUGUGUAUUUUUCUAAAAAGCAGCAGGGAGUGUCUUAAGUAUUGAACAUCAUAUCCACAUAUACAAUGCAGUUUAUACAAACUGGGCCUGUGUAAUUCGGCACGACAAAAUUAAAGUCAUCUGAAAGAUGUUCUUUAGAGAGGCAAAGUCAGCAGUGGUGCAGAUUAGCAUUGUUGCAUUUAUAGAACAAAGAGUUUUAAAUCUAUGACUAUAUUUCACAUUUAAACAUUUAACAGCCAAUACAGAUUUUAUUUAUAUAUCAAGCAGUUUCCUCCUUCUGGCCAAGCAGAAGUAUAGCUUUUCAAAUGCAGUUUAAAGCAGGGUUAAACAGGGCUUAUAAGAUGCAGAGUAUUUGUAUAUGUAAUUGUUCCUAUUUAACAUUUAAAAUCUUAAUCAUGCUUGUAUUACAAGACAUUAGAUAAGGGAUGUAUCACCUAGCUGUUGGUAAAUGAGGUAUAGACGGCAGAGUUACCUGUGUAUGUCUGUUCAGAUUUGAACAUUUCAUUUAUUUAAAAUUACUGGUUGUCAUUAAAGUAAAAGUCAGUGGUUUUAAAUGAAGACACUCAUAUUACACCCAAGAUUUUAGUUGCUAUUUUCAUGAAUGCCAAUGGUCAGUAACAUGAAGGACUGUCCUUGUUAUUUAAAGCCCACUUCCUGGGAAUCCUGGGCCAACUAGUAUUCAUGGCAGAUUUUAGCUUUAGGUGAUGGCAGAUGCUUUUUUUUGACACUAAAACAACAGUUGAGAUUGUCUUUAGUUUUCUGGCACUUUUGCAGUGUUUCUCAAGAAAACAAAUCUUUAGAAUAACUGCUUUGCCCAGGCUUGAUUUUUAUUUAUUUAUUUUUUUUUGACUGGCUCCCUGACCUUUAUUGUAGGAGGGGAAACUGUUAUUUCCUCUGGCACUUGAAAAACACAAAGUCAGAGGAGGUAUUAUUUUAAUCUAUGCAGGAUUUUUACAAAAAAAAACUGUGGAAAAAAGAUAAUUUUUAAGCUUGGGAUUUUCUCCCCAUGUCUUUGUUUUUCCCGCCUCAGCAAGGAACCUGUUGAACUCAAGUGUCCAAUGCCUUUAUCUUUUGUAAUUUUGUCUACUAGUUUAGUAUAUAUGUGUAUAUAGAUCCUUUUUUAUAACUGAACACAGAUGGCUUGAGCCAUUUUGUACUUAAAGCUGGAGACCACUUUUCCCAUAGGAAUUCUUCUGUGGGUUUUACCACCCAUGUCAAUGUCUUCAUACACUGGUACACUUUGUAAGUACAGGUCCAAGCUUUGUGUUCGUUCCGUACACUGUCUUGUUGUCAACUGUACUAAAUUAGCGUUAGAAUAAUUUUUAACCGUUUGCUACUCACACAUUUAUUUUUUGGCCCCUUUGCUUAAUAUUUUUUUCUAUUUUUCCUUCUUAAGGAGCGCCAUUUUAUGACAUAGAUGUAAAUGUAUUGGGGUUGAAGAUGAGAUCUCAUUUUAAUUAUUAAUUUGAACAUGAAAGAAUCAGGGUAAGAUGAGGGUUUUUUUGACAUUUGGUAGGAAGAUGUUAACACUUGCAUGUUUCUAUUUAAAUACAAAUGUAUAAAUUGUAAAUAAUAUUUCUUUAAGGGUGAAUUUCUAAUACAGGUUGACAUUUUUAUUAAAUUUAAAAAUGCUGUAAAUGUAUUUGUGAAAUACUUUUAUGCACAUUUUUUCCCCUCUGUGAGCUUUUGUGUUCAAUCUUAAGUUGUUACAGAUCCAAAUCUCUUUAAUGCUGUAUGUCAGAUUUUUUUUUUUUUUUAUAAUUGUGCUCGUAUACUUUUCCUUAUUCACUGUCUCUCAGUAUCAUGUUGCCACAUAAUCAUUAUUGUCUCCAGAUUCAAGUGUGAAUAUUUUGUCUGUCCGCAUUUGAUAUGGAGGCAUGUACUUUUCAUGAAAUGUAUAUUGUUGAUUUCAUGGAAUGAACAGAUGCCAUGUACAGUCUGUUAUGUAAAACCAUGUCUCUCUUCUUCACGAAGAAGAUGUAUUUACUGUGUCCUUUUAAAAUAACUGGUCCAUCAUGUCUUUUUGAAACAGAGGUAUUUCUCUACACAUCAGAACAGUUGUAGCAGUUUAUACAGUAUGUUGUGUAACACCCAUUUUUCUAACAGUUGUCUCUAAAGUGAGACCAGCAGCAUACACUAUGUACAGUAGUCUAAUUUGGAUUAGUUUUAAAAGAACUGAUGAUAGAGAUAUUAUAUAUGAUGGAUGCAAUAUGAUUAAAGGUACUCAUUGAGUUUGAUCUUCAAACUUAGGUUAUGUAAUUUAAAAACAUUCUUGUGAAGUGAGUAUUAAUUGUGACUGUCCUGAAUAUUCUUUGUAUUUUGCUGUAUUGAGAA